CCGCAAUGUAGAUGCGACGGUGGAAGCUAUGCAUCCCCAAUCAAACACCUCACAUCUCUCUAUAUCUCACACACACAUCUCAGAAGCCCAAAUCGGAUUCCAUUCCUCUCAUCUUUCAACUUUCAUAUAUUCCUCAUUCUUGUUAAGUCCUCAAAUUAAAAAGCCAGCGAAAGCAAAACGUGAAAACUGAAAGGAAAGCCAAAACAUUUUCAAACCCAACUCCUCGUACCUCGUACCGAAUACAAUCUGAAGCAACAACCUACGACAACGACAACAAUCAAAAUUACAACAAUGCCCCACUUGAUCAAACAACCCGAACCCUCUGAUUCGUUCUUCCCCGGUGGCCUGUUCCUCCACGCAGACAUAGUUCCUUCCUCCUUCAUUUCCUUGAUUCCUUCUUCUUCUUUGAAUCCGAGGAAAGUUUCGUGUUUUUGUUGGAGUCCCAGGAGAAAGGUCGGUUGCGUGGAAGAGAGAGUUUGUACCAUCGGCGGUGGCGUGUUAUUGUCGUUGAGUUUGUCCAUAAAUGGAACCGGUGCGGAUCACAGAUAUUCACGAGAAUCGGCUGAAGAGAAAGAGAAUGUUGGGGUGAGUGGAUCGGGUGCUAUCAACAUGACCAAGCAUCUGUGGUCUGGUGCUGUCGCAGCCAUGGUUUCAAGGACUUUUGUUGCACCACUUGAGAGACUUAAGCUGGAGUACAUAGUUCGUGGUGAACAGAAGAAUCUUUAUGAGCUCAUUCAGGCAAUUGCAGCUUCUCAAGGGUUGAGAGGUUUCUGGAAAGGAAAUUUUGUGAACAUUCUUCGGACAGCGCCCUUUAAGGCUAUAAAUUUUUAUGCCUAUGAUACAUACAGAAAUAAAUUGACGAGGAUAUUGGGGAAUGAAGAAUCCACUAAUUUUGAGAGGUUUAUUGCGGGCGCUGCUGCAGGGAUUACAGCUACCUUGCUCUGCUUGCCCAUGGACACAAUCAGGACGGUAAUGAUAGCACCUGGUGGUGAAGCGUUGGGAGGUGUGAUCGGUGCCUUCCGCCACAUGAUCAAAACAGAGGGCUUCUUUUCUCUUUACAAGGGCUUAGUACCCUCCAUUAUCAGCAUGGCACCUUCAGGUGCUGUCUACUAUGGUGUUUAUGAUAUCUUAAAGUCAGCAUAUCUGCAUUCACCUGAAGGAAUGAAAAGAAUCCAAUACAUGAAAGAAGAGGCUCAUGAGCUGAAUGCUUUGGAACAACUAGAACUGGGUCCUGUUAGAACUUUACUCUAUGGUGCUAUUGCUGGCUGUUGUUCGGAAGCAGCUACUUACCCCUUUGAAGUUGUAAGGAGACAACUUCAAAUGCAAGUUCGAGCAACGAGGUUGAAUGCACUGGCAACUUGUGUCAAGAUUGUUGAGCAAGGAGGUGUUCCUGCUCUCUAUGCUGGAUUAACUCCCAGUUUAUUGCAGGUGUUACCAUCAGCUGCUAUUAGUUAUCUUGUUUACGAGUUCAUGAAGAUAGUUCUCAAAGUAGAAUCAACAUAGAGGAUUAUGUCAACAAUUCAGGCUUUGUUUUGUUAAAGUGAAAAAAGAGAAAGAAAGAUAAUGCGAAAACUCCGUUCCAUUCUUCAUACAAACAGGUUGAAAAUGAUACUUUCCCCUCAUUUCCUUUUUUUUUUUUUGUCACCCGUUUCUUUGGGCGUUGGAAUGUUUUUAGAUGUGCGAGGAAAUCAAGGAUGUUUUACACAAAUAAUUUAUUGAUGUUUUAAGUUA